AUGAUUAUGUCAUCUAUGCACAGUUCUGCCAACAUAAUAUCCCGCCGAGACGCAAAAUUUCUUGUGAAUUGUAAAAAUUUGGAAAUAAUUUCAUUUUCAAAUAUGACUGAUUUGAAAUACAAGAGAUAUGAAAAAUCUUUGGGCCUACUCACUACAAAAUUUGUGUCAUUAUUACAAAAAGCUAAAGACGGUGUCUUGGAUUUGAAAAUUGCUACAAAUUUAUUAGCCGUGAGGCAGAAAAGGCGUAUUUAUGAUAUAACCAAUGUAUUAGAAGGUAUUGGAUUGAUAGAGAAAAGAAGCAAAAACAGUAUACAAUGGAAAGGUGCAGGACCAGAAUACAAUACAAAUGAGAUUGGUGAGAAAGUCCUUUCACUCCGGAAACAAAUUGGUCGUCUCGACGAACAUGAGAGACUGCUUGACAAGAGACUACAUUUUGUAAAACAAAGUAUAAAAAAUGUACUUGAUGAGACGGAAAAUCAAGACUGGUGUUAUGUGACAAAUACAGACAUAGAAAGCUGUUUUAUUUUUAAUCAAGUUUUAGUAUUAGAAGCACCUUUGGGUGCUAAAUUAGCUAUUGGAACAGUUCCUAGUAAGGAUAAAGAACAGCAGUACUUUCUGCAUCUUAAAUCAUCAGAAUCAGUGGGUGUUAUACUUUUAUGUGACAGAGAGACGGAAAAACAAAAAGAGACAGAGAAUGAGAAAGAAAAAGAAAAAGAGAAAGACAAAGACAUAGAAAUGAUGGAAGAGGAUGAGACUAUGGAUGACAGUGAAGUUGAAAAGUUCACAACUAAUUUUGAAGAGAAUUUAUUAAAAGGAGAUUAUUUGUUGCGGUUGAGUCCACCAGCCAGUAAAUACGACUUUUUAUUUUGUCUGCAUGGAUCAGAAGGGUUGUGUGAGCUAUUUGAUAUACCUUGCUAGGUUACAUAUUGAAAAUUUGGAAUCCAAUAAACAAAUGGAUUUUUUUUACAAUGGAAUAUAAAUGUCUCAUUUAAUGGCAUUGUGAGUGUCAUUGUCCAAUGUAAAUAAAGACCUGUUGAUAUUUUAAAUGUUUAGAAACUCGACGUUCGUGUGUUUCACAGUGAAACCACAUUAUAUAUUUGAGUUUUUAAAUUAAAUAGAUAUGUAAGACUAUAUUUUUGACAGCCGAAGCUCACCCAUCAUGAGCAACCGGCUUAUAUAUUUUGUUAAACAUUUUGAGUUAUCAAGUCAUUUGUCAUUUUGUUGAUAUUGCACUUUAUUCUCAUUUAUUUUGAUGUAUCAUUUGAAACGACAUUCUUCCUAUUUUUAAAGUAAUGUUUUGAAAGACAUUUUUUUUACAAUUUGUAUUAUUGAGAUCAUGUUCAACAUGUAAAUAAAUCAUGUAUAAUAAAGUUUUUGGAUAUAAGCAAAAAGGAAAUAAACGAAUUAUACUAUAA